CCCCCGCGCCCCCGCAUAUCUCCGUUCGACGACGCCCACCAGGCCUCGGCCAUCAUGAGCGAGGCAAAUUCAAUACCGCCUACUCCUGCUGCUGCGCCGGACGGUGCUGACGGUGCCGAUUACACGUCCGGGAGGCUGCAUCCGGACCGACGGAUUUCAUCGGGCAAGCCUCCACCACCGCCAAAACCCCUAGACCUGCCCGAACCUCGAGCACCCCCUCCACGUUCUGGUACUCCCGUCGCCAACCGCCCGCCGGAGCCAAUUCCUUCCCCUGUGCCUGUUCCUGUAGAGCAGGAAGAGGACGAGCCUCCUACGCGAUGGUGGACAGACUGGCUGUGCGGGUGCCGCGAAGGCGGGGAACACCAGGCGGCCAGGACGAACCCCAUGGAGUAACACCGUUUCCCCCGAUUCUCGAUCUCUUUCUUAUAAUACCUCCUACGGACUUCGAUGACGAGACGCCUGUAGCAUACACAACUCCAGGCGAACGGGUACCGGCAGCGCCCGACGCACCCGCGGACUAUGUCGCCCACGCUCCUUGUAACGUUUCUUACGCAUGCUCCCAACCUCGCUUUCUUCUUGCACGGACUCCUCGUCGUGACGCUAGUGUAUUCGUCUAAGAACAUAGUUGAUUAUUAUCAUCACCCUACCCCGCGCGGGUCCCGUUACAUGGUUUCUAUUCGAGUUCGAGCGGACCGAGAAACCCAAGAAGAAGAAGAUGCCGAAAGCAUGUAGAACUUUUGGUUCUGUUCUUUCCGUGCGACUGUGAGCCGGAGAGUUGUGUACUGCCGGAGUAGAAUUGCGAGACCGCCAUCCUAAGCACACACGCAACCCCAGCACCACGUCGCACGGCGCGCACCCCGCGGGGCGCGCCAGCAUAUGUUA